UCCUCCAACUGUUAUCGUCGUCGAAAUGGUCUCCUUCGCCGCUGCCAGAUCCAUUCUCCGCUCUGCCUCAGCCCGUAGCGCUGCUGCGCGUCUCGCCUCCCGGGGUAGCUCCGCCAAAUCUGCUCCGUCGCCCUUUCGUACCUCUGGCAGCAAACCCCUACCUCAACGCACUUUCAGGAGUCCUGUUGAAAUGAGCUCUUGUGUGGAAACGCUGCUGCCAUACCACACAGCUACAGCUUCUGCUUUGAUGACUUCGAUGCUUUCUAUUACUCGCUGCGGUUAUGGUUGGCUUCCCGAAGCUUGCAAUGAUGAUGCAUGAUGGAUGUCGCAUUGGUUCGAGGGAAGUUUUUGUCAGAGUACUUGAAUUGUAAUGAGCCUUCUACUAAACAAUUUUGUUCGUUCCGGUAGCUAUGUUUCUUGUUUCCAUUUGAAUUUAUUAUAUGUCCUUUAGCUGAAA